AUGAAGCUUAUAAUCUUCUUCCUUGUAUUUUUCCCAGCAGUAUCGCUGUCGCUAUCAGAGCGGAGCUGCCAGACUUUCAAGCUAGAAUCCCCAAAUGACUCCAAAGGCAACUUUGAUAAAGGCAGUUCCAUUCAUGUCACUAAGCUAGUCAACUGUACCGCAGACAGAGCAAAGAAAGAUGGUGACGACAGGGGCAAUUGCAGAAUCCAGAGCCCCAAGAUAGGUAUUAUCGCCAAUUCAACAAUCACCCAGGACGACGGUGAACCCUUCAAAACUUCUCUAGGGAGCAACAAAAGUAUACUCGAAGCAGCAAGAGAUGUCGCGGACUCAAAAACUAUGCGCGGGUACUGGACCUGGGCGCCUGACAUGAACUGUUGGCCCGGGACUCUAGAUGACUGCGAUGAUGACGAUGAUCUGGAUGAUACUGAGGUGGUGGUCUGCGGCUUCAGGAUUGAUAGAAAAGGGAGUAACAAGAGCGACGCCGAAUACCGUGGCAGGAUUGGGUUUGUGGAGAAUAAUGAUCCAAAUUCUAGGAUCAAAUCUGGUGUUAAGCCUUGGCUAGACUAUGAAGAGGCUGUUAGUACGGCUGAGGCGUGGGUGAGGAAUGAUGUGUAG